AAAGAUCAAAGGAAGAACAUUCGCAUCAGGAGUUGGAACCAAAAUUUUCUCUAUAAUUCCAUCACUUGCCUUCUCAGUUGGAGGAGACAGAGAGAGGAGGCAAACAAAUUAGGGUUUCUACAUUCCAAUUGUGCCUUUGAAGGUAAUUUGCCAAGCUAGAUUUCUAUUUUUUAAAGAUAUUUCUGCGGUGUCCUGGUUCAUUGUCCUUGAUCCAUUGUAUUGUAUUGACAGGAGGAGGAAAGAACCAUUCACCAUGGCAUUGGCAUUUACCAAUCUUUCAUGGUGGUUAUGGAGUGGAAAGCAUCAGAAGCCUAGCAUCUCUAAUGCAUCCUCUUUAAAUGCCAGACCUGAUUCAGACUUAAGGGAAUCAGAUACUCUGAAAUUUCCUUUGGUUCAGGAGGCUAAUGUGGCUUCCUCUUCUAGAAGGGUUAAGCGAAAAUGGCAUAGCCGGGAGGAGAGGAAAUUUGACAAGGAAUACGAUGCUGUUCUCGUGCCAUCUGAUGGUGGUUGUUUUUCAGGGUCUGAGUCUGAUGAUUCUGAUUAUUCCAUUGGAUGGUUGGAGCCUCAUGGACCUGAAUUCCAGAGUGAUGAGGAUUCAGAUAACAGUUUUGCUGUACUGGUCACAUGUUAUGGGCGUGCUCAAGAAAAAUUAUUUGAGAAUUCAAAGAACAGUAAGUUUGGUGCCAUUGUCAACAUUCAAGAUGGUUACUCUGAUGAGAGCAUAAAGUAUAUGGAAAAGUGGCUCUCUGCGCUCCAGAACAACUGACAUUCACUGCUGCUAAUAGCUGCAAAUAGUUCUUUCGUUUGCUGCAGCUGGAUCUUCUGGAAGAAUCUGUCCUUUUGAAUGAAUAAUGAAAGAUAUAUUGUAUAAAGUUAAAGGUAUUGUGGAAGAUAUGAAAGUGAAAAGCUUCAAAAAAGAAGGAACAAAAAAAAAAAAGAGACAGUAGGUGGCAUAGUUGAUUGAUUGCUGCUGAAGAGGAUUGGCUAAUGUUCUGUUUUAGCUAGUAUGAACAUAUGACAAGCAGGACUGUUAACGAUGAAGGAACCAUAAUGGUUAAGCUUUAAAGCGCUAGAAGUGAUGGGUUUCUUGGCUUCUAAAUCAUUUCUUGACUUGGGAGUUUUCUCCGUUGUCUUCCCCCCAUACUCAACGUCUAGAAAUAACGAUAUUAUUAUGUGAUGUAAGAUACUAAUAAAAAGAAAGAAGGGUGUGCGUGUGUACUUCCAAUUCUUUGAUGUAAAUAUCCUUGUACAUAUAGAAGCAGGUUCAUGCUUCAUUUUAUUGCUGAAAAUAAAAUGUAUAUAAUUAAUAGUUAUUAUGUAAA